CGUUUGUCGUUGGUGGAUAAACUCAAGAUGUCCGUUAUGUAUUGAAUCAAUUAUUUAUGAGUUAUUUUGGUUCAUUAGGAAAAUAUUUUAUUUUUUAUAUAAAUUCUGUUUAAUAUAGGUUGUAUUUAAUCCGUUGAACAGCGAGAAUUAGUUAAUAUAAGAGGUAGGAACUAUUGUUUAUUACACAGUUGGGGUAGUCGAGUAGAAUUCACAGUAGGACCUAAACAGUGACAGAUGGCGUGCUAGCAACGUACGUUAAAAUGAGACAGGCUUAAUGUUUUUCCCCUCAUUGAAAUUUCUCCAGACAACAUCGACACAACAUCUCACAUUAAAAACAAGACAAGUUGAAUGUAAAGACAGUUUGUGAGAAGCUGCUACGAUGGACGCCCUGCAGAGGAGAAUGAUUCAGGAGGACAUGGUUCAGUACAAACUUUUCUCGAUCCAGCCAGACGGUUCAGCUUCACAGCAGACUGAGGAGCAUCUCACACAUCUAGUGGAGGAGAUUUUGGCAAAGGUUGCCCCACUCCUGAUACAAUACAUCUGGCAGCAUCAGGCAUUCAACCUCAAGUAUCAUCCUGAGAAAGGUGGUGUCCCUGCUCACAUUGGAGGGAGCACUCAGUUUGGGGACAAUGUGGAGGACGAGUGGUUUAUUGUUUACCUCCUUCAGCAGAUCACACAGGCUUUCCCAGAGCUCGCAGCCAGAGUUGAGGACAAUGAUGGGGAGUUUCUUCUGAUUGAAGCAGCAGAUUACCUUCCCAAGUGGCUGAAUCCGGACACCAGCGAAAACAGGGUCUUCCUCUACAGGGGAGAGUUUCAUAUUCUCCCCCGUCCCUCCAAAUCCAGUCCAGUGGGAGUCUCAAAAGAUGUGGUACCAACUGUGCCACAAGCUCUAGCACUGCUCUCCACCCACCCAGAGGCCUGUCAGGCAAGCCCUAAGAUCUGUUCAGCCCUGAGGAAGCGAUUAGAGGGGUACCCAGAGAAGAUUAAAACCGGCCUCCAUCAUGCCCACUGCUUCAUACCCGCAGGUAUUGCCAUGGUGUUAGCACAACGACCAGACCUGGUCGCUCCUGCAGUGUCAGCGUUUUACCUGCGGGACCCAAUAGAUCUGCAGGCAUGUCGAAGCUUCAAGACCUUCCCUCCUGACACAAGAGUCCUCACCUCGGUGACAUUCACCCGUUGCCUGUACGCCCAGCUGCAGCAGCAACAGUUCACCCCUGACCGGAGGAGCGGCUUCACCCUGCCUCCUAGCUCUCAUCCUCAGUACAAAGCCCAUGAGCUUGGCAUGAAACUGGCCCAUGGCUUUGAGAUCCUGUGCUCUAAGUGCAGGCUGCCAUCAUCAGAGCCUGAUGCCCCCAUUAGUUGUAACCCUCAGUGGAAGGGCUUCAUGGACAGUCUGAAAAAGAACGACUACUUCAGGGGAGAACUGGAAGGUUCGGCUCAUUACAGAGAACUGACAAGAUCUGCGGAAAACUUCUUCAAGCAGUCUGUCGCUUCAAAAUCGAGUGCUUUGUCCCCGGGUGAGGAGGUUCUCCAGCUGCUGCACAGCUGCAGUCCUUUCAAUUUGCAGGAUCUGAAGAAACAAGAGUCACAGCUCCCCCAAGAGGACAGUGACAGCUGGCUGGAUAUCACAACUCAGGAUUUGGAGCGUAUGUUGCAGGAGAGGAGCGGGGGGAGAGCUGAUGUUGGCAGCCAAAACUCCAGUUCCACCAAACAGACACAACAUGGUGGAGGUGCAGGGGAGAGGAAAAAGGAGAUGCAGGACAACAAGGAGGAAGAGGAGGCCGGUUACAGCCUGGUGGCAAUUAGUCAGGGGAUGAAGAGCUUCCUCAACGCCAUGUCGUCGCAUGAGGGUGCUGAACUGCCCUGGAGCAGUUCAACUCAGCCUUUCAGUUUUGAGCCUGAUGCCAUGGCCAGCGCACUGGACAGACUACUAGGAGGGAAAGAAGAAGAGCUAGAUUCAGAUGAUCUAGAUGAUGAUGAUGAUGAUGAAGGUGAUGAUGAAAAAGAAGAGGAGGAGGAAGAGAAAGAAGAGGGUUCCUCUGGUCACUCAGAGAUGAACGGGACGGAAGCUUUGGAGGGUCUCAGGAGAUACAUGGAUGAAAUGGAUGAGGAGCUGAUGAGCACUAAUAUAGGACAAAGCUUCAAUGUGACGAACAAGGCAGGCUUAGACAAUGGCUCCCCUCGUCCCUCUGCCACAGAUGGUGUCCCGCGACGUGGAGAGGUGGAAGAGACAGAAGAGGAGAUCCAGCCUCUGGACGUCGACCUCAAUCUGGUCGCAAACCUGCUGGAGUCCCUCAGCUGCCAGGCCGGGCUGGCCGGACCGGCUUCGAACCUGCUGCAGAGUCUGGGUAUUCACCUGCCGCCCAACUCUGACCCCUCAUAGAGGACAGAGAGUACUCGGAUACUGAACGAGGCACCUCAUCGCAACCAAAUUUUCUAGGAGUUAAAAACACGUCAGGCACUUUUCUGAAAAUCUUUUGGAAUGAGUUUAAACCUACAUUGUUUGUACAGGAGUACUAAAAAAGGAAACAAAGCUCAUACUGUGAACAAGAUGCACUUCAGAUAACAUUAAUUAAAAAUACACACAACACACUGAAUUCGCGUAGUUUUGUACAGCAGUUAACGAUUUGUCUUUCCAGUGGAUAGUUUUCUGUUUGGUCCAAACUAGUGAAAACAUAGUCCUAUAAAUAUAAAAACUUUCAUUUUCUGAUGUCCCCAUUAAUUAUUUAGGAUCAGGGCAUGUUCACUGCAGUGGAGAAAUGCAUUUAUCUUCAGUUUUGGUUGCAGUGUAAAUACAGAUAUUUUUAAGUCUGUGUUGCCAUGAAUCUUUAUGUCAAGUUUUUAUUCAUGUUCCUUCAUCGACAAGUUUAGUCUCUGACAGUUUUGAUCUAGUAUGUAGUUAAAAAUAAUUUGUAGAAAGCACAUUUGAGAUUUAUACCCAAGGGCAGGAUGGAGCAGAACUCUGCUGCAGGAUGCAUGGCAGGAAAAGGUGGUGUAAGGAAGUCAUGACGUGCCAUUUUGAUGAGGAUUUUUAACA